AUGAACAAGUCGGAGAAGAAGUUCACCCUGAAGCUGUUUAAAAUCAAAAAUGGCAACAUCAACCUGCUGAAGAACAGAAUAACCCACUUUAGCAUCCACAACAAGUGCAUCCACAUGGUCCUCUGCAACAACAGCUUGAUAAAAUAUUACAUGGAGAGAAAUGAGCUCUCCCAUGUAGAUUUUUAUAAUAAAAAAACGACAAACAGUAAGGCAGAAAUUAGGUCCAUGUUUUUUGAUAACAAAUGCUACCAUGGGUUUAUAUGUCUAGCCAAUAAGGAAUAUAUUUACGUCCAUUUUGAACAUAACAUUGUCCUAAAUUUGGCCAAGUUGAAAAAGUACAACAUUUCAAGUGUAUGCUUUAACGAUUCUAGUGAGGUUAAAAAUACGGCCCCCCUUCUGGUGGCAACAAAAGAUGGGGAGAUACUCGAAAUGAGCAUAAAUAAUAAAACGAAAAGUAGCAGAGAGCAUGAAGUGAUUUUCUCAAACGGGCAGCUUUCCAUUUUGGAUAUAAGCAUGAUUAACCUGGACAUUUCAAACCAACCCAGCUUUGCAAAACGUACGAAUGAUGAUAACAUGCUGAGCAUUAUCUACUUCACCACAUGCAACAGCCUGCACGAAAUUAGCUAUACGUAUAAAAGCACCAGUGUGGGUUACCCCACCGAGAGGAGCGAAAUGCAUCCACAGGAAAUGAAAGCAAAAGUGAGUGCGAACCAACCGGGGGACGAAACGAAGGUGUACGAAUGCUGCAUAGACUCCCUGACGUCCAUCCUGAAAAUUGAAAAUAUUCGAAAUAGGAAUUACCUCUUCUGGCUCAACGGCUGCUGCGUGUUUAUCAGCAAAAUUAACAGCUGCAGGGGGGGGAAAGCUUCCAACCCGGACAACCCAGCCAACCAAGCGAGAUGUGCUCACCGCGCCAAAAGUGGCCCCCCCAGUGGGUCCAGGUGGAACCCAAACCAGGAUGGCGACAAUUUGGAGGAGCCCGCCUUCCCGUCCUAUUCCUCCCAGUCGGACACAUCCAUCGAUGGGAUCAACUUUGCAUCUUUUAGUGAAGAAGACGAAGAGGAGAACACAGGGAAGAGGCACAAAGGGGCAGUUCCCAAAUCGAGUGACCCCCCGAAUGGGAAAAAAAACGCACAAAAGAAAGGCCCGCACAGAAGUAACCACCAUUAUGGAAAACCAUCUGAACCGGAGGAACAGAGCAAAACUAACCAGAUGAACAAAAAAAAAAAACUCAUGAGGGAGUGGUACCUAGAUAGUAAUUACGUCAUUGUGAACUUCCUCGACUUAAACAUAUUGACUAGCGAAAAUGUGAACAAUUUUGCAUUUACCAAAUCGUUUUACGAAUCUAUGUAUUGCCAAAAAGGGAACUUAAACGUAUUGGCUAGCCAAAUGGAGGAUCUCCCCACUGAGCAACAAGGAACAGAUGAACCCAUUUUGACAACCCGAGAACCCAAACUUUAUGAAAACACCGUCUCGGCUGUCGUAGAUAUGUGCGUAAGUGAUUUAUACAUAUUUCUCCUCCUGGAAGAAAAACUAAUCAUUGUGAACAGUGGCAACCUUAAGAAGGUGUUCGAGCAAACACUAGCCAUCGAAACGUAUGGAGACGUCAUACGCAUAAUGAAGGACAACUCAGAUGACCAAGUGUGGCUCUGCACAUCCAAGCACAUCUUCAAAAUUGUCAUAAGUAAGAAAAAGGGGGAAGGACUCUCCCUUAGUGAGUAUACACAAUCAAACGAUUGCCAAAUGGAGUAUGCCAAUUUGAAGCCAAAUUUGAGAAAAAAAAAUAUUUCCAAAAUGCUGGAGUCUUGCACAAACUCUGAAAGGAUAAAAAUAAAAAAAUAUAUCCUGAAGAGUAAUAAGUACCAAAUUGAUCAGUUUAAAAAUUUACACAUCUCCACUGAGGAACUGUUAAUUUCUUUUUUACAUAAAAGGCAGUACUUUCUUUUGGCUUCCCAUUUGUACAAUAACAUUCACUGCUACAAUAACGUCGUCAAGAUUGUGUUCUUCAUAUGGCUCGUCCAGCUGUACUCCUACUCCCUCGAUCUGUACAUGCACCUGUACCGCGUCACGGGUUGCUCCUUCCCCCGGCGGCAGCUCCGAAAUGGAGCUUCUGAUCAGUCAAGUGUAACCUCCAGUGAGUUAAGUGUAAGCGCAGAUCAGCUAAGCGUAAGCGCAGAUCAACUAAGCAUAACCUCUGACCAUCUAAGCGUAACAUCUGACCAGCUAAGUGAGACGGAUUCCGAAUGCGCCGCCCAGCUGGACCCCUCCGAUGAAGCGGACUCGGAAGCAGCGACCGAUCCAAGUCAUGACGAACUGAGCGGAAGGGACAGCCAGUCGAAAGAAACCGGGGAAGUGGGAGAUGCAAACGCGAUCGAAAAAGAGGCACAGUUGAACAGUACCAACGGGGGCAACACCAACACUGGUAACCACCAACAAAGGGGCAGCGCUGAAAAGCAGCAGAAAGGAACAACAAAUGUGCGUAAGGGCAACGUAGAGAGUGCAAUAAAAAAUGACAAGUACCUGAGAAGCGGGAAGAAAUCCUUCAUUCGCUUCUUCCAGAAGAUGAUAGAGAAGGACGAAAGGAAUGACCUAAAAUACAGUUUCGACUUUUCGAAGGGCAAAAAAAUGAAUAUCAAAACGCUAACCGAGAGCGAUAAUUUUUACAUCCUGCUGAAAAUCUACAAAAUGAAGAAUGUGGAGAUUUUCAAUUUUUUGAAAGCUCAGAAGGGGCUGAUUUUGGGUGACCUGGAGAGGUACAGAAGGGUCUUCGUGGAGGGGGAGGCACACCUCACAGGGAAAGCGGGGCGGGCCAAACAAAGGGGGAUGUCCCCCACAGCGCCGCCGACCUCGGAAGGGGAGAUAUCCAUGGGGGAGGCGCAAACGGAGACCACGCCGAGAACAGCGGCCAUGCCGAAAAUAGCGGUCAUACCGCCAGCCGCGACCACCCCGCCAACCGCAACCACGCCACCCUCCUCGACGGCGGAUCGCGCGAAGAGAAAACUGUACAGAGACAUCUACGCGUACAAGUGCCUCGAAGCGAGCGUGUACAUGAUCAUCCUGCUGAAGCACUUCAAAACGUUCUUCCAGCUGAAUGACGUCAUUGCGCAGAUCCUGGAGAGUUUCAACAAGACAAAUUUUGUCCUUCUCUUCAAAUUCAUGUGUAACGAUUACAAUUACAUAAUUAGCUUCUACAUCAACAGCAAUAAGUUCACUGCCCUGUUCAACGUCCUUGUGCUCUUCCCUCAGAAUGUCCUCUUGGACGUGCUGAAGAAUUACGCCUUCAUUUUGUACCUCCACAAGCCACAGAAAUAUGUGGACAUGCUGAUUUUCUACGACAACUUGGUUGACGACUACGCGGAUAUCAUUGUGUGCAUGUUUGUCAUCAUUUAUUUUUUCAAAGGCAGGGAGGCGGCCAAGAGGGGGGACAUCAGCGGUGAGAGCGGCGGUGGGGGCCAUCACGAAAAUGAUGGUGAUCAGCGAGAUGGUAGCACAGAUGACCACCGAGAUGACCGCAGAGAUAACCGCAAAGAUAACCGCCACGUUAACCGCCGAGCGGGAGACCCCACUGGCCAGACGCACACAGACGAAUGCAUCCGGUUCUUGGAAUACAUCGCGAACAAAAUAAUCGAAGAAAGCACGCUGACGGAAAGGGAAAAUUACAUGUACACAUUCGAAUGCACGUGGAAAAAAAACCACGUGAUAAAUUGCCUACUCAUCCUGUACAUCGAAAAAAAAGAAGAUGGAAAGAUAAAAGUUUUCUUAAACAGAUUAAAAUCGUCGGGCAUUCAUUUUGACUACCUCUUUAUUAUACGCUUUUUGAAGGAAAAAAAAAAAGAAAAUUUCAUUCCCCAUUUUUAUAUAAUUAUGAAAUAUUUCGAAGAAGCCGUCGAUAAAGCCCUCGAACUGGGGGAUUACAAAACGGCCCAAAAUGCCGUCAUACUGUGCGAAGAUGAAGAAGAAAAAAAAAAAUUAUUUCUCAAAAUUAUUAAAAACAUCUCCAACAAUUUAAAUGAACAAAAUUUAAAAGAAAUAAUCAACCUUGUCCGUGAUUCAAACUCCAUUUUAAAUUUACAGGACAUACUUCCAUACAUUAAUGAAAACACAAUUGUGGAUUACUUAAAGAAGGACAUUUGUUCCCUGCUAGGAAUUUACCAUUUAAAAAUACAGGCCAAAAGAGAAGAAAUUAAAGAAAAUCUACAAACCAUUUAUUUGCUCAAUGGGGACCUCAACAACGUGAGGAAGAAAUAUCUGCUUCUGGACAAAAAUGACAUUUGCUAUAUAUGCAAGAAGACCAUUUUUUACAAAAAGUUUUAUGUUUUUUCGUGCAAGCAUUAUUUCCACAGCACUUGUGCUUUGAAUAUUUACCUGAACUCGAAGCCGAAAGACGAGCUCUUCCAGUUUUUCUGCACUCUUCAUAAUUACAAAAAUGCGCUUAUCAACAGGAAUGAGAAGGACCUGCUCACGUAUGAGACCAAGAUCGAUGACAUCCUGACGGAGGAGUGCUUCCUCUGUGGCUCCAUUUCGAUCAGCUCCAUUUCGCAGCACUUCAUUUCGCAGAGCGAGGGCGACUUGGUGGACAGCUGGGCCAUAUCGAAGGAGUAGCGGGUGAGAAGCAAAUUGAACUUCCUUCAUUUGUGCACUUUGCGCAUUUUACACCCGUUUUACCGUUCGCUCUUUUGCGGUGAUCCCCCUUUAUGACUCUUUUUAAACCCUUCCGUUGUGUCAACCGCGCGCCACGCAGCAGAGC